GAAGGAGAAAGGCGGAGAGAUGAAAGAGCCGCAGCAGAAGAGAGAGAUGGAGAAAGCGAGCGAUGAGAGGACGAGGCAGUUCGAGAGAGAGAGAUACACGGAGGAAGACAGAGAGCGCGGAGAGGGCGAGGAAGAGGAGGACGAAGAGGAAGAAGGAAAUGAUGGUGAUGAAGAUGAGGAAGAUGAAGGAGAGGAGUUGCUGGAGAUCGAAGCUCAGCUGAGGAGAGUCGCUGCAGAGCUGAGGGAACUGCGCCGGGGUUAAACACACACACACACAUAAGACACAAGCCAUAACACACAAACAUGCAUAUAUACACACACACAGCUCCUCGCUGCAGUCAGGGCCGUUUCGAGCUAUAAGUGAUACGUGUUUGGUUAGAGCCUCCGAGCCACCAGGGGGCGCCUACGAGCAUGAAGUAUCUAUUUAAUCUAGUUUAUAUAUGAUUUAUUUUGUUAUAUAUAUAAAUAUUAGGGCUGUCAAUUACAUUAGUGCAGUUAAUCACAGUGAAUCACAUUUUUCUCCCAUUUAUAAAGCAGAACAUUUUGUUACAGCUACAUUACGGGACAAAACAAGCAGAAUAUAUUCAUUACAAUUAAUAAUUCAACUUAAAGUUCAACAUAAAGUCUUUCAAACGCAGGCUGAACCUGGAAAUAGAGCGAAUGCAGCUCACCGACGUCCAGUGAGAGCAGCAGUGGCUGCACGUUCCAACCAGUGAGUGUUUACAGAUGAAUCUACUGAACUGGUUUAAAGUCAGAGCUGAAACACAUUUGGGAUUUUAACUGAACU